AUGUUUCUUAAAGAGCAACAUGUGAAUAAUGAAUCCUCUGUGACAGAGUUUCUACUCCUGGAAUUCUCAAACAUUAGGGAUUGGCAGAUUCUGUACUUCAUGGGAUUCCUUGCUUUUUACCUGACAGCAGUUGUAGGGAAUCUUCUCAUCAUCUCUGCAGUAGCCUCUGACCACCACCUGAACACCCCCAUGUACUUCUUUCUGAUGAAUUUGGCCAUGCAGGAUGUGGGUCAAGUGUCUGUCAUCUUUCCGAAAGCCAUGGCCAAUUCCCUCAUGAAUGGCAGACUCAUUUCUUACUCUGGGUGUGUGGCUCAAGUCCUCUUUUUCCUCUCCUUUGUAGCUUCUGAUGUAUUUCUUCUAACUGUCAUGGCUUAUGAUCGGUAUGUUGCAAUUUGCUACCCAUUACAAUAUCAGAGCUUGAUGAACAAACAGGUCUGCAUUCGAAUGAUUGCUACUGUAUGGAUCAGCAGCUUUGUCUGUGGAGUGCUGCACACUGGAGGCACCUUUGUAUCCCCCUUUUGCUCCAACAUUGUCAAUCAGUUUUUCUGUGAAAUCCCCCAUCUACUUAAGCUUGCCUGCUCCCACCUGAACCUGUUUGAAAUAGGAGUCAUUUCUUGCUUUGCUAGCAUUGGGUUAGGCUGCUGUAUUUUCAUUUUUGUGACUUACAUGCACAUCUUUACUGCAGUGCUGAGGAUCCCCUCUGUGCAGGGGAGGCAAAAAGUUUUCUCAACUUGCCUUCCCCAUCUCACUGUUUUCUUUGUAUUUGCAUCCACUGCAUAUUUAGCUUACCUCAAGCCCACCUCCAAUUCUACUUCACAUCUGGAUUUUGCAUUUACUUUGAUAUAUACCAUGCUCCCACCUAUGAUGAAUCCCAUAAUCUACAGCAUGAGAAACAAGGAGAUGAAACGUGCUCUGUCAAAAGUGUUUGUUUUGAGGUUCUCUUUUAGGAAUAUGAAUUUUUGCUUUGCAAAGGUGAAUUCUGCACAUCAGCUUAACUGA